AUGGCUGGCCGUGUCGCCAGCACGAUUGGGGAUUACGAAAAUCUCUCAGGUAAGUGUAAUUUUGUUUUUGUGAUUGGCGUUUAGAUAUUGCUCGAGCGGCCGAUCGCAAUGCCAGGCUGGGUUCGAACUCGGAUGAGGAGAGGAAUAUGAGCUUGCAAACUCCAUCGAGUUCGUCGUCUUUUCCUGGCGUCGUCAUGAGAAGACCGACCGCUGGCAGUGAGACGGAUGACUUUGAUGAUCAUCUGGAGGUGUUUCCGCAAGUCGGCACCACUUUUUAUGAUUAUCAGGCCAUGGAGAAUGAUGAGUUGUCGUUUCAAAGGGGCUCGGUGGUCGAGAUUAUUGAAAAAGACAGGUAAAAGUUUGAAAGAUUGACUUAGAGGCAUCAAAUAUUUGGAAAAAAACUUUUUGAAAGGAUUUUCAAAGUUUCGAAUCGGAUGCCAUGUAAAAUAUUAUUGCAGAGAAAGAGGCUGGGUCUACGGUAAAAUCGAUGACAAAACGGGUAUGGUUCCGGAGAAUUAUGUCCGUCUAAUUGGCCGUCAACCCAAGGAGAUCAAAGCUUCUGAGUUUGUAAAAUUGGACGAAAAAGUUGGCGAUGGCGCGUUUUGCAACGUCUUCAAAGGCAUCUACAGAGGCCGAAAAGUGGCGCUAAAGAUCCCAAAACAAAGCAGAAGCUUGGACAACAAAAGUUUUGAGAGUUUGAAACGCGAGGCGUUGGUGUUUGCGCGGCUAAGUCACAAAAAUAUCGUCGCGUUCUACGGCAUCUGCACCGAGUCUCCGUGCAUUCUGAUGGAACUUUGUGAAGGCGGGACGUUGUUUCGGUUGUAUCGACAACUCUCGUUCUCUGUCUAUUCGACGGUCAUUGCGUGGGCGUUGCAAAUCGCCCAAGGAAUGGACCAUCUGCAUAACAGAGAUGACGCCCUGCUUCAUGCUGAUUUGAAGGCUGAUAAUAGUGAGUCAAAUGCGAUUUAUUGGGCCAUACUUUUUUUCAAAACGGCGGAAGAUUACAGUGGCGGACUUUGGUAAAAAACGUGCCAUUUUGCAUCCGGGAAGUAUCAAAAAAUGUGGCAAAAUACCUCCCUCUCUAAGUGAAAAAAACCCGAUUUCAAAAGCGCACCGCUCUUUUUGAGAGGGAAGGGGCGCGCUCUCCAAAAAAAAAGUUUUUAGUUGGAGAGGGAGGUAUUUUGCCACAUUUUUUGACACUUCCAGGAUGCAAAAGGGUACGUUUUUUGCCACUGGAUCAGGUCCGUCUUUGUAUUCUGCGUGGCAUUUUUUUUUUUGAGCCGAUUGAAUUUAGGCUUGUAAUCUAAUUUUUGAAUUGUCAAAAUGACCAGCCGAAGGGUUGGAUUGACCGAAAAAUCUCAUAAAUGACUUCUAAGGAGUUGAAUUGGUAACCAAACCAUCUAAAUGGCUAGACAAAGAGUUGGACGUGCAUAAAAAUCUCCUACAGUGGGGGACCUGGUCCAGUGGGAAAAAACGGACCGUUUUGCAUCCGGGAAGUAUCAAAAAUGUGGCAAAAUGCGUCUCUCUCCAAGUGAAAAAAACUUCAUUUUGAAGGGCGCGCCCUUUCCCUCACAAAAAAGAGCAUGCGCGCUUUUGAAAUCGGAGUUUUCACUUACAGAGGGAAGCAUUUUGCCACAUUUUUGAUACUUCCCAGACGCAAAAUGGUACGUUUUUUGCCACUGGAUCAGGUUCCUCACUGUAGCUAUGAUUUUUAGACUAAUCCAGCUCUUUGGCUAGUCGUUUAGAUGAUUUAGCUACCAGUCCUCCUCCCUAGCGAGCCGUUUAUAAGAUUUUGGUCAGUCCAACCCUUUGGCUGGUCAUUUUGACAAUUGAAAAAGUCGAUUACAAGCCAUAAUUCGAUCUACCCGAAAUGAAAUUCGCCUGUAGUGAAUAACGGCCGCUUUUCUUGACCCUAUGGACUCAUUUUCGACGCAUUUUUUUAGUUUUGAUCAAAGAAAUUCCCUGUAUUUGCGAGCAUGACGAGCAAACUUCCCGAUUCGGGCCUCCCAAAUAUCACAACAACAUUUGCACGCGCUGCAAUGGCACGCGUCUCGACAAAUUGACCCUCAAAAUCACCGACUUUGGCCUAUCGAGAGACGUCAAAUCCACCCGCGACAGUUUGUCCGGCUCGGUCUCGUGGAUGUCGCCAGAAGUCAUCGAAAAGAAGGAGUACUCGAAAAGCUCGGAUGUUUGGAGUUUCGGGAUUUUGUUCUGGGAAAUCCUCACGAAUCAGUUGCCCUUCCCCGACCCCGAUUACAGCGUUCUCGUCUUGAUGGUGGCCAUAGGCGAGCGAAAGAAAACUCCCGACAUCCCGGAGAAUUGCCCGCCGGAAAUUCGCAAUCUAAUGAAAAAAUGUUGGGAGAUUCGACCCGAAAAUCGACCAUCAUUCAGCGAAAUCAUUGAAAUGUUGAACGACGCCAAUGCUUCCAUCGACAAAACGCAUGUGUUGUAUAGUUUCGAAAGUGUGAAAAAAUCGAGAGCAAGAAUGGAUGUGACUUUCAAUGAGAUCGCAGAGGAGUUCAGAAAAAGACGAAUUGAGUAGGUUGAGGAGGGUUUUGCAGCGGAAGAAUAAGUUUACAAGAGAUCUCCUUGACGUGGGGCCUUCAGAUUUUCGUAAAAUUUUUCACACUGGUUCUGAACCACAGUGGCGGACCUGAUUUAUUGGCAAAAAACGUACCAUUUUGCAUCCGGGAAGUAUCAAAAAAUGUGGCAAAAUGCCUCCCUCUCCAAGUGAAAAAACUCCGAUUUCAAAAGCGCACCCACUCUUUUUGUGAGGGCUUCAAAGUAUCCCCUGAAAGUCGUAGCCAGUGCUUUAUAACGGCAGCGGAGAUAUUCAACGGCCUUUCUGUGAGAGAGUACGCGAAAUGAGGAGGGUAUGCCAGACGGAAACUUUUUUGUCUGACCGACCCUGCUCAUUUCACGCGCUAUCUUACAAAACGACCGUUGAUUAGCUCGGUUGCCGUUGGAAAGCGCUGGCUAAAACUUUGAGGGAACGAUUUCUGGCUAGCUCAGAACCAGUGUGAAAAAUUUUUAAAUUUUUGUUAAAUCUGAGGGCCUUAUGUCAAUGAGAUCUUGUAAACUUAUUAAAAGUUAUUUUCAUGACUAAUGUGCUACAUAAAACCUCUGAUUUUGUAGCACUUCAAUCUACUCUAACCUCGAAUUCAAACCCAAGGCCCCAAAGCCGGCUGCGCGAACAAUCCGACGAAAACCGCGACCAGUGUUGCCUAAAGGCAAGGUUUCAAAGGAAAACAUUGGCGGUCCUCAAGACUUCCAACAUACAUUCCAUAUAUCUUCGGCUGCAUCUUCCACCUCGCCAGAUUCGCAGCGAUUUCAUAUUGUCGAAAGUGAGUGUUUCGCUUACGAAAAUUGGGAUUUUUGAACACUUUUUGAUGAGUUCUGAAUUUUUGCUUAUCGUAUUGUAUGUUGUAAAAGUUUUAGUAGUCGCGGUUGCGAGUUAUUUUUUUAUUUUCUUUUCUUAUUUUGUCUUGUAAAUGUGUUGUAAGCAUCGCGCUGAUGAUUGUAGAUCCGGACAAAGGAGUCUCACCCCUUUCUCCUCGUCAUAAUCAUGCAGCCACGCUGGAAAGAAAAGACUUGGUUGACGCGCAGACCCUCCCGCGAAGCUACAAACACGCUGUGAAGCAAACUGAAUCCCCAAAAAUUCGGCAAUGCUCGGGAAACGAGCAUCUCACUCCAAUGGAGUUCAAUCGAAACGCCUCCAGAAGUAACCCGGAAUUAUGCGCAUUGUCGGUGAACAACACACCGAGAAGAUCGAAUGCUUACCGGCACAAGGACUUUGAGAGGAUCAAGAAGAAGGUUCGGCCCACCAAUUCUUCGGAUUCAUCCGAAGAAAACGUGGUCAUCCCGGCUGAGGACAUGGGUAAGUGGUGGUUGUAAUAUCAUUUUAAUAGUAGUGGAUGACUUUUAAAUGUCGUAAGCGGUAAUGAUAGUCGAUGGUCGUGUUAUAUUUUACCGUGGUUUCGAUAUUUUUUGUUUUGGUCAUUUCGAAUUCAAGAUUUUGUAAUCUGCUUAUCCAAUCGUCCAAAUGACCAACCAAAAAGGUUAGAUUGGUCUAAAAAUCUCAUAAACGGCUAGCCAGCGGGCUGGAUUGGCAGCUUAAUCAUCUACAGUGGGGGACCUGGUCCAGUGGCAAAAAACGUACCGUUUUGCAUCCGGGAAGUAACAAAAAUAUGGCAAAAUGCUUCCCUCUCCAAGUAAAAAAACUCCGAUUUCAAAGGCGCUCUCACAAAAAAGAGCGGAUGCGCUUUUGAAAUCGGAUUUUUUCACUUGGAGAGUGAAGCAUUUUGCCACAUUUUUGAGACUUCCUGGAUGCAAAAUGGUACGUUUUUUGCCACUGAAUUAGGUCCCCCACUGUAAAUGGUUUGACAAAGGGUUGGAUUGGCCUAAAAAUUGUAUUGCUACGAUUUUUAGACCAAUUCGACUAUUGGACAAGCCAUUUUGAUGAUUUUGCUGUCAAUCCGGCUCUCUGACUAGCGAUCGAUGAGGUUUUUAGACCAACCCAACGUUUUUGGUUGAUCAUUUGAACGGCUGGAUAAGCAGAUUAUGGGCGAUCAAUGCAAUCUUCCACAAAAAAAAUAGCAGCCCGAUUCGCAGCCUAAAACAUCUCUUGCAGAUAUCCCGAUAGUCCGUCAUUCCGACUAUCCGGACCACCACGACAGCCGCAAGAGCAACGCCAUCUUCUACGACUCGGAUUCCUCGGUGUCGGCGGUGUCGGACCCGCGACAAAAGCGCGGACGUCUGAACAAAUUUUUCAACCUCUUAAAGAAGCGCUCAUCCCCAACCCGGCAAGACCAGAUUGUGGACCGUCCCCUCCUGCCGCAAUGCGUUCAUCCCCAUCAUUCGGCGGACGCGUUGCGCAACUUCAACCAUCAAUGCGGCUUGAAUGACGUGGACGUGGUGGACCAGGUGUUGAGCUUGGAGCCGGAGCUGCAUUUGCUCGCGAAAUUCCAGAGACUGCAAUACGAACACGCGUUGAAUGGAGGCCGACCGUUCCGAAAACGCAGCGACGAUCCGCAAAAGCGCCGGAGAACUCCGCAACCACCAACCCCAUCGCAGCCAAGUGCAAGUCGCUCGGCGAUCUCGUCGAAGGUCCGGAAAGCCAGACAAAACACGUCGGUGUCCGAGACGGACGGCUCCUUUGAUCAGGGCUUCGAAGACGAUGACAUUAGCUCCAACUUUAACUCAUCCCUCAACUCCAACUAUCAAACUCCCCUCUCCAGCAAGCCGAGUCCGAUCGCAAGCCAUCGUAGUCGACAGCCGAGCAACCAACGAGCUUAUGAAACCCCCUUAAAAGCCGAGCUGAUCAAUAGUCUGGAUCUGGACCUGGAGAAAAUCCAAAACGCCGCGAUUAUGCCCUUUACCAACCAAACAUACCAACCGAUGAAAGACAGUAUAUAUAGGGUGGAGAAGCUGCAACGACCCAAAACCCUGGCCGUGGGAUCACAGCCAUCCUCUUCACUGGGCUCCCCGAAAACUGAAGAUGAUUGCCCGGUGAUUGAGAUUGCCGAAUGCCCACCGAGAAGAAGCCCACGACACAUGGACAUGUCGCCGGAUUUGAUGCCAAAACCAAGGUCGCUAAGUGAACAUCAUCCGGAAAGCAUAUCGCCGAGAUUACCCCCAAGACCGACGCAUUUGUCGCCGAGUAUCCCAAAUCUCCCAAUCUCGCCGAGUCGCAGCAGAAAUUCGUCGAAUACCAGCUUGGGGUCGGAGCUGAAGAAGCAUAGACAAAGACAUGUAAGAUCAUGACAAAAAAAACUUUAUCUUCUGCAAAGAACCAAAAAAAAUUUUGUUAUAGGAGGAUUUCGUUGUAGAGAGGUUCAUUUUAGCCUGAAAUUGGCUCCUCAGACCUCUGAAAUUGUUUAUUAUAGACAGGUUGCGUUGCAUAGGAGGCCACUGUACAGAGAUUUCACUGUACAGGGGCGGACCUGUUCCAGUGGAAAAAACGUACCGUUUUGUAUCCAUGAAGGAUCAAAAACGCAGCAAAAUACCUCCCUCUCCAACUAAAAAGACUUCGCUUGAAGAGCGCACCUUUCACAAAGUCUUUUUAGUUGGAGAGGGAGGUAUUUUGCUACGUUUUUGAUACUUCCUGAGUCCAAAAUGGUACGUUUUUUGCCACUGGAACAGGUCCGCCUGUUCCUAAAAUGAACCUCUCUGCAACGAAAUCCUUCUAUAACAAAAAACAUUUUUUUUGUCUUUGACGGAGGAUUUACUGCAUGACAAAUUUCAGUCGGUCCUCGACCAGUUCAUCGAAGUCCCGGAUGGCAGAAAACAGUCGCCAACCACACAUAUCCCCUUCAUCGAGUCGCCAAAGACUGCGGAGGACCUGAAAGAGCCUGAAAGGUAUACGGUCUCACAUGAAAUAAUAUAUGAAAUCAAUUUUCAGUUACUUUGUUCUCCAAUCCCUCUCCGGCAGAGACUCUCCACCUGCGGAACGCGCUCCACCCCCACCGCCGUUCGCACCGCCAAACCGAGUGCCAAAAAUUCCAAUCCGUUUGAACAAACCCCUCCCGAAAACCCCACCUACCUUCAUGUAA